AUGGCCGACGCGACACACGAGGCUGAGGGCGCCGGCCCAGACGCCAAGCCCGCGCGCGACCUCAUCAAGCGCGGCGUCAAGCGUCCCAACAAGCUCGGCACGCUGACCUUCGUCGGCCUCCGCGCCCUCGACAUCUACUGGCUCGUGUCGCUGUCCAACGAGGAGUUCCCCGCCCUCAGCGCCGCCGUGCCCGUCAGCGCCUACAACUCGCUCGUCAACUCGCUCAAUGCGCUCCUCUUCCUCGCCUCGACGACGAGCGUCCUCGCCGGCCGCGACACCGUCGACCGCCUGCCGCUGCCCGUCCUCGUCGGCGCCGCCCUCUUCGCCGUCGGCAUGGCCCUCGAGACCGUGUCCGAGCACCAGCGCAAGGUCUUCAAGGACCGCCCCGCCAACGAGGGCAAGGUCAUGAAGACGGGCCUCUGGCGCCUCGCGCGCCACAUCAACUAUGGCGGCUACGCCCUCUGGCGCGCCGGCUACUGCAUGGCCGCGUCGGGCUGGGUCGGCGGCCUCGCCAUGGGCCUGCUGCAGUCGUACGACUUUGUGGGCCGCGCCGUGCCGGUGCUCGAUCGGUACUGCAGCGGGCGCUACGGGGCGCAGUGGGCGCAGUUCAAGAGGGAGGUGCCCUACGUGAUUCUGCCGGGCAUCUACUGA